CAGGCAAACGGAGAUGGGAUCAUAUUGAUGGCAUCGAUGGGGUGAUAGGAUCCAGUCAAAAGGAGCCAGGUUUCAUAAACUAAGGGGGCACUGACAAAGUAUCAAUGAGAGGCAGGUAUUGAAGUCAAUGAGGUCCAACAGGAGGCAACAGGAGGAGGGAAAGGGUGAAUGGGAGGCCAGCUCCAAGAACCAAUAAGAAGUUGGCAGGAGGGGUUAUGAACUGCUCCCGAACCUGGUGCUAUGGGUCCUGAAGUUCCUGUACCUUCUUCCUGAUGGCAGCAGCAAGAAGAAGGCAUGGCCUGGCUAGUGGUAAUCCUUCAAAUUUCAAAGUUCAUUUAUUAUCAAAGUACAUCUAUAUCAGCAUACACAACCCAGAGAUUAAUUUUCUUGUGGGCAUACUUCAUGAGGGAUGCUGCUUUCCUCUGAUAGCACUUCAUGCAGAUGUGCUCGAUGGUGGGGAGGACUUUAGCUGUGACGGACUAGGCCAUAUCCACUACUUUUUGUAGGCUUUUCCAUACAAGGGCAUUGGUGCUUCCAUACCAGGCAGUGCUACUCUCCACCACACAUCUAUAGAGGUUGGUCAAAGUUUCAGAUGACUUGCUGAAUCUUCACAAACUUCUAAGAAAGUAGAGGCACUGCUGAGCUUUCUUCAUAAAGACAUUUACAUGCUGGACCCAGGACAGAUCCCCCAGAAUGAUAACAUGGAAUCAUUUAAAGUUGCUGAUCCUCUCCAACUCUAAUUCCCCCAACGAGAACUGAUUCUUGGACUCCCAGUUUCCCCCUCAAUAAUCAGCUGCUUGGUCUUGCUGACACUCUGUGAGAGGUUGUUGUGGUGGUUCCAUUCAGCCAGAUUUUCAAUCUUCCUCUUUUAUGCUGAUUCAUCACCACAUUGAUUCAGCCAUGGACAAUGGUGUCAUCAGCGAAUUUCAUUAUGGCAUUGGAGCUGUGCUUAGCCUUACAAUCAUAAGUAUAUGAGUUGAGAGUUAGGGGGCAAAAGUUUAGGGGUAACAUGAGGGGGAACUUCUUUACUCAGAGUGGUAGCUGUGUGGAACGAGCUUCCAGUAGAAGUGGUAGAGGCAGGUUCGGUAUUGUUAUUUAAAGUGAAAUUGGAUAGGUAUGUGGACAGGAAAGGAAUGGAGGGUUAUGGGCUGAGUGCAGGUCGGUGGGACUAGGUGAGAGUAAGUGUUCGGCACGGAAUAGAAGGGCCUGGAUGGCCUGUUUCCAUGCUGUGAUUGUUAUAUGGUUAUAAAGUGAGUAGAGCAGGGGUUAAAUGCACAGCUUUGAGGGGCAUCUGUGCUGAUAGAGACUGUGGAGAUGUUGUUGAGGCUAGAUUAUGAACCAAUAGAAAGUUGGGAGGAUGGACCAAUAGGAGUCAGGCAGUGAGAGCCAAUGAGAGGCCAGCAACAGACUCCGCCCUCCAUGCGAUGCAGCGACGCCAGCGGCUGAAGGCGUUCAUUGCAACGCGCGGGGUAGGGGGCGGGGCCGAGUGCCCGUGAGGGGCGGUGCGUUGCCAGGGAGGGUCACGUGCCCCUACAUGGUUGCUGAUCAGGUGACGCCGGCUUGACGAUGGCGGCGUUGGCGGAGUCUCUAUCGCUGGAGAGAGAUGUUGCUAGGGCUGUCGAGCUCCUGGAGAAGUUACAGCGGAGUGGCAAUGUCCCGCCUCAGAAACUGCAGACAUUGCAGCGGGUUCUUCAGAGCAAGUUCUGCUCUGCUAUUCGAGAGGUGUAUGAACAGCUUUACGAAACGCUCGACAUCAGUGGCAGCCCUGAGAUAAAAGCUCACGCAACAGCCAAGGCAACAGUGGCGGCUUUUGCAGCCAGCGAGGGCCACGCACACCCUCGCGUUGUGGAACUUCCGAAGACAGAAGAGGGACUUGGCUUCAACAUAAUGGGUGGGAAGGAACAGAACUCCCCCAUCUACAUAUCCCGAAUUAUUCCCGGUGGAGUGGCAGAUAGACAUGGAGGACUUAAACGUGGCGAUCAGCUUCUCUCAGUAAAUGGAGUGAGUGUGGAAGGGGAGCAGCAUGAGAAAGCUGUGGAGUUGUUGAAAGCAGCCCAAGGCACGGUGAAGUUGGUGGUGCGGUACACGCCCAAAGUGCUGGAGGAAAUGGAGGCUCGCUUUGAGAAGAUGAGGACUGCCCGGCGUAGGCAGCAGCACACCAGCUACUCGUAGGUCUCAGGAUGGCAGAAGGCUUUGGUCAGAAGUUCACCGGGUCCUUGGAGUCCAGAGGAUAGCUGUUCCGAUCUCCUGUUUCCAGAGGUGGGCAUGGUACAAGCAUGUGAUACAGCUGUUGUGCGUAUAGCCGAGUGCCAAGAGACCCCACACUGUAGGUCUGACCACGAGAAACAAUGAGCUUAACCAAACUCUGCAAGGGUAUCAUCUUUUCAUGAUUAACUGUCAGCACGUAUUGGGGGAAGCUGGUGGGAUUAGGGGCACCUAGAGGUGUAAUUGGCCAAAGAUGAAGGACAAUUCUCAUUGAAGGUGAUACCUCUUUAAGUUUCAUGAGUUUAUAAAGAUCUAAAAUCUCCCGCUGUGAAAAAUGUACCCAUUAAUUGACCAAUAUGAUUUUGAUCAUCUCCCACUUUACCAUGAUGAAUAGGUUCUUUCAUAUUGAGGCCUGAAGUAUCACCCCAACUCCAUAACUUAUUCACCCAUCUAUAGGAAUUCCACUAGCAAAGGUAUUUAGCUGGAUUAAAGAUUUGUUUAGGAAUAGGAGUGAAUGUUUACUUUUAACGUCUAUAUUUUAAGGACAGUUCUACUUAACAAGCAAGUGGUUCAUCUAUGUUUAUGCAGCUUGAGGUUUCAUGUUCUCAGUCUAAAACUGGCAGUGCUUACUUAGAUCGUGUCAGGAAAAUCUGAAUGAGACCUAGUUAUCCGAAAUGUGUUUCCUAUUGAGAUUGCAGUGGCAUUAUUGUAAUAAUUAGGAAUUCUGAAGGGAAUUACAACUAUUUGUGGAAAGCUUUCAAUGCCAAGACAACUGGAGUUGAUUACAAAUCAUGUCCUAUUGGGAAUGGACCGGUUCAUUAGAGAAUCCAGUCUCCCCCCACCCCUUCCUCUCAUUCCCCAUCUCCCCCCCCCCCCCACCACUUCCGGGAAGAAAUAUCUAGUGAGGAGUUGUACAAUAGCAUGAAUUAUUUUUGGCUCUGUGUGCACAACUGACUGCAGUUUACCUGAAAACGAAUCGUGCUGAUGAGAGCCCAGCUCCUUCUGAGCAGUUGGUGACGCCUUCAUAGCUUGUCUCAGAGCUUUGGAUUUGACCUAGCUUUGCAGACAGGGUUCUGGUUACUAGUUACACAUAUUGAAGUCUUUAGCUAACUGUAGCUAUUUUUGAUGGUGUUUAGCACCCCUCCCCCACUGUAUUGCUUGAUUUUCUAUGUUAUGGCAAAGACAUGAACCGCCUCAUUUUAUUUGUGCAUCCUUUGGGGGUGCAGUAUUUAAAGCUCCCACCAGUACUGUGUGUAAAUUCCUUACUGGUACAGUCAUGUCACAAAAGCAGUAUUGGCCACUUUGUUACAGGCCCUUUUGACUGACUGCCAUUUGAGGUGGUUACUGAAAGCUCAGUAGUACUACAGCAGUAAUGCCUCUCACCUGGCUGCUGACUGUAAUGCUCAGUGUUUCAGUUCAGUGGUUGAUAUCCUUAUAGCCGUUGGCCAGCUCAGGGGACGGCAACAGAUUUAACCUGUAAUUAGUGACAAGGUUGUUUGAUUAAAUGUAGGGAGUAAUACCACUUAAGGUAGAAGAGGGUGAUUUUUCAGCUUUUUUUUUCAAAUUUCUUCAGCUUUCUCAGGAAGUAAAGUUGGCUGGUGGGCCUUCUUGGCAUAUACUAUUCAAAUGAGAAUGUGGAGCAUUACAGCAGAAUACAGGCGCUUCGGCUCCCGAUAUUGUGCCGACUUUUAACUCACUUUAAGAUCAAUCUAUCCCUUCUCUCCUGCUUAGCCCUCUAUUUUUCUAUCAUCCAUGUGCCCGUCUAAGUUUAUUAAAUGCCCUGAUGUAUCUGCCUCUGCCACCACCCCUGCAGAGCUUUCUAUACAUCCAUCACUCUCUAAAAUUACCUCUGACUUUGCCCCCGAUAUUUUCCUCCAUUUAUCUUAAAAUUAUGCUCCCUUGUAUUGGAAAUUUCUCACCUUGUGAAAAUGUGUCUGACUAUUCACUCGGUCUUACCUUCUCGGUGAAGUUCCUCUUUUAUUUCCUGUUUGAAAACUUACGGCUUUCUGGCUUGAUCAAUAUAUAAGCCAUCAUCAAAAUCCUUCAUAAUCUUUCCUGUAAUUUCCUCUUUUCGAGAGGAAGGAGCCCCAGCUGUUGAACUUUCCCACUAGGCAUAAUCUCCCUGUACUGAUUGCAUAAUUUUCACUCCUGUCUCCGGCCUUGUUCACUGCCUUCAUUAAUUGGAUUCUACUCUGCUAGCUAGUUGCCGUGGAAUGGGAAUGAGAGAUUUGAUCAGCAUUCUUACACCCCUGCUGGUGGGAACAGUGUCCUUGUAAAAACACAUGCUGACUUGUGAAACUCUAGAAAUGACCUGACCAAUUCUUUAACACGCCGUAUUCUUAGAUCAAACUACCUUUUGGAUUCUAACCCUUAUUACUGACACUUUUAAAGAGCUGUUUAAUUUAGUUCUCAAUUUGAGCAGCCUGAAUUAAUCUUAACCUUGUUAUAUAAACUAAUUGGAUAUCAAAAAUCAGAAAUAUGUGAAACGUGGUUUUAAUCGGAGCACAAUUUUAACUUUCCGUUCUCCAUUUCCCUCCUAUUCUCUUUGUCUGCCCUAUUUACUAUAAACUUAGUUUGCUCAUUGUUCUCAGUAUUUUUUCCAAUGUUAAGAUGUUUUUAAUUGUAUUUCUCUGUAAUAUAGCCUAGUCUUUUUUAAUUUGGUCUCUGGGAUAUGGGUGUUGCGACCAUGGUCUGCAUUUAUUGAUUAUCCCUCCGUGCCCAUGGCUAGUUAGGGCUUUCACUUUACACGUUUAGUCCAAACUGGCCAUGGAAGGCAGAUGUCCAGUCAUGGCUAUGGUCAUGUGACUUUAGUAGUCACUAUCUUUACUUCUUUCAGACUUACAGUAUUUAAGUUAACUGAACUCCGAUGUAUGAAGUGUCAUGAUGGGAUAAUAAGUUAUGUCUGUGUUGUUCGCUCGGGCCUCAAGAUGACCAGUCCAGGAGCACAACCCCUAGGUACCAUAUUGGAGAUGGGGCCAACUGAUAGUGAGGUGGGCUAAUUUGUAACAGAAGACUGAAAGCCUCAGCCCCGCCCCCCCGUCACUCAUGACAUGACAAUCAUAUCAUGUCUGAACCGCAUUGUCAUUACAGAUCUGUGAGUGACGAGAUGAGGUUAAACAAAGUUUAUUGUCAUCUGCAAUGAGAUACUUAUUAGUAGCAACACCACAAGCACAUAACAUCAAAGAAGCAGCGUUCACAAGAAAACAUAAAUAUAAAUUAUUCACAGUUUUUACAAGAAAGAACACAAAACAAAAAAAGUGUAUUUUAGACAGGACUCUGCGACGGUUAUCUUUCACUUCAAAAACACUAAAGUCUUCCAUAGGUUUGCACUUGCCAUGGGAGAUGUCUCUUCACGUUCUCAUAGGACUUUAGUUUUUGAAACUUGUGAGUUUGUAUUAAGGAUGGGCAGGAGAUCCCACUUGAUUUGUCAAGACUGUGGUCUCUUUCAAAAUUUGGCCCCCCCCCCCCCCCCGGCACUCUGCAGCCUUUCCCUCUCAUCCCGAAUGUGAUUUAAUGCUGUCCCAUUCACCCCUCCGAUACUUCACCAAGCGGUUGUUUACACAGGGCACAGCUUUUGACUGGAAGCAUACUAUAACAGCCCAAUCAGUAUCUUUGCAUUGCACGCCUCCAGUAGAUGACAGUGUCACAAGAAUCCAGGGAAUGCUCCCGACUGAUCCAUGGCUAUAAGCAGUUUGCUUGGCACAGACUACUGACCACCGCCCAGAACCUUCAGCUCUCUGUGCUUCAGUGCUACACCGAGUUGUGCCUUGGCUCCAUUGGCCAUUAAGCAACCCUAGGAACAUACAUCCACAGAUAUUCUUUACCUGGAUCUAGAAGGUGUUGAGCCAGUAACAAAGUUAACAAAGAGGAAACAUGUAGAACUAAUUUCUGUAAAAUGCUUGAUGGAAAGACAACCAGAGGAGGUCCGUGACUCACUGGCUGUCCAACACUUGUAGAUUGCUGUUUGCAAUUUAUAACCCUAACCUUAGUUAUUGGUAACCGAAACUGACAAAAGACAGGCAGCAAUGGUACCAGCAGAGAUGGUUCUUCACACAAGCGUACCUCCAUCAGGAGGAAAUAAAUACAAGUAUUUAUAUAGGGGAAAGAAUUAUCAAAGCAUGUAGCGGGUGGAAGCCUCAUUGCAUCUUGAUGAGACUAAUCCCACUCCUGGCUUUCAGACUGUAGAUUAUAAUCUUCAUGUGCUCACUUUGAUACUUCGUGAAUGUUGUGAGGGUGUUUGACUCUGUCACCCUUUCAGGCUGUCAGUUCUUGAUCCACGUUCCACUUUGGAUUGUCUGUUAGCUUCUUCAGUUAUACUCUGAUCCUCCCCAAUACCCUAAAUCUAUGCCUACUGGUUACUGACUGCUCAUGUAAGUGAAAUAGGUUCUUGCUGUUCACUGUCAAAACCUCACAUAAUUUUAUAUACCUCAGUUAAAUCUCCCUUCAGCAUCUCCUGUUCCAAAGCACACAACCCAAGGCUACUCAGUCCUUCCUCGUAACUAAACUGAGCAACGUGCUCGUAGGUCUCUGAAAGCUCUCCGUUGCCCGCUGGCGUGGAUCCCUAAGUGCAAGGAGCUAAACAGUGUGCUUGUUGCAGAACAUCUUGUUGUUUGUCCCUCUUCCCACAAGGUAAGUGGGAUCAGUCAUAAAUAAACAAAACUCCUCGGCAGGUCUGUGAAAGGUUUCAUUGCUUGGUGACUUUGAGCAUUAACUUUUUCUAUCUCCACGAGCUGUCUGACCUGAAUGUUUCAGUUUUACUGAGGGCUUUCAGCUUCCACGGUUCUUCAUUUGGGAUGAGUGGGAUUAAUUGUCAGGUACUCCUGAACAUAAAGUAACUUAUCAAAAAAGAGCAAAUAAAUGUGCUGAGCAGUGCUGGGCGGUCACAGUGUCCGAUCAGUGUGGAAUCUUUAAAUUAGCUGAUAUUUGGCAAACCAUUUGUCUCUACUGACAAUAGUCCUUGUACAGUGUGUGCAACACCUUCCCCUCCCUCUUCCCCUAUAGAAACACAUGUUAUAUGUCACCAGUAUUUCGGCUGAAAGCCAGCUAGAUACGGGGUCAUUCCUAACACAACCUUGUGGAAUAUUGUUGUAUACCUUGAACAUAUCGUGUGUGCUAACUGGAAACGAGGGAUGUCUGUAAAUCUUAAAUGUACUGUAACCUUACUACUGUACUGACAUAAUAUGCACUGAUGUAUAUUAUACGCAGCUGAAGUCUUAAAUGUUUCCAUAAUCGUUUCAUAUAGCUGCAGUCUAAUUUAUUGCCUAAUAAAGUAAUAUAUUAUUUAAACAGUGAAAAAGGCACUAGUGUUUCUUUUGUGUAAGGCCAAGUACUGUACAGAGACAAUACAUCAAAUCCUGUUUAAAGAAUGCAUUUUG